AUGCCUUCCACGCACAAGAGGGAAAAACCUUGGGACACUGAUGAUAUCGACAAAUGGAAGAUUGAAGCAUUUACACCCGCCGACAAUGCAGGCGGAACAUUCACAGAAGAAUCCUCCUUCGCCACGCUCUUCCCCAAAUACCGCGAAGUUUAUCUGCGGGAAGCCUGGCCCCUGAUUACCCGCUCCCUCGAGAAAUUCGGCAUAGCAUGUACCCUUGAUUUAGUCGAAGGCUCCAUGACCGUGAAAACGACCCGAAAGACCUACGACCCCGCCGCCAUCCUGAACGCCCGCGACCUUAUAAAACUCCUCGCACGAAGCGUGCCCGCUCCCCAAGCUGUCAAGAUUCUAGAAGACGGAGUAGCAUGCGACAUUAUCAAGAUCCGAAACCUGGUGCGAAAUAAAGAGCGUUUUGUGAAGCGGAGACAGAGGAUAUUGGGUCCGAAUGGAAGCACAUUGAAGGCUUUGGAACUUCUAACGGAAUGCUAUUUACUUGUGCAAGGAAAUACUGUUGCGGCGAUGGGACCAUAUAAAGGCUUGAAGGAAGUACGGAGGAUAAUCGAGGAUUGCAUGGCCAAUAUCCACCCAAUCUACCACAUCAAGGAACUCAUGAUCAAGCGGGAACUCGCAAAAGACCCCGAACUGGCAGGCGAAAGUUGGGAUCGAUUUCUGCCGCAUUUCAAGAAGAGAAAUUUGAGUAAGAGACGUGUGCCACUGAAGGUUACGGAUAAAAGUAAGAAGGUGUACACGCCGUUCCCGCCGCCGCAGGAGAAGAGUAAAGUGGACUUGCAGAUUGAGAGUGGAGAGUACUUCUUGGGGAAGCAGGCGAAGGAGCGGGCCGUGAAGGAGGAGAGGCUGGAAAAACAAAAGGAUAAGAAGGCCGAGAAGCUGAAGGAGAGGGAGAAGGAGUUUGCAGCACCGAAGGAGGAUGGCGAGAAAAAGAAGCGAAAACGGGACAAGGUUGGAGGUGAUGAGGUGAAGAAGGACAAGAAGAAGAAGCGGAAAGAUGCUGAGGUCGAGGAUGAUUAG